GGAUGGAAUAUUUGUGGUAGGGAAGAAUGCCGUUUCCUUUAAUUCCCUCACCUGCCCAGCUAACCAAAACAUGCAAAUAUUUACUCCUUCCCUUCCCAUUCCCCUUUAAAUAUUCAAAACCCAUUGUGUAAACCUACUAACUCUAAUUCUUUUCUUCCAAUGGCAUUUUCUUCAACACAAAAGUUACAACUAUCUCAAAAAAAACCAAUACAAACUCUCAUCACAACAUUAUCAUUCAUUUUAACAUUGUUGUUAUGCAGUUCAGUACUGUGUGCUAGUGUUCCCGCAAGAACCUCUGGUGGAUUUGAGUUUCUUAAGGUUGCUCCAUCUGAAUUUGUUGGGACAGUGAAAGAUGUAGUUGAAAUUUUGCAAGAUGUUACUUCAAUUCUUAAUGAAUUUGGUGGUAGUGGAUUUGGUGAUUCACGUCUCUCUAAUGCUGUUUCUGAUUGCAUUGAAAUGCUUGACCUUUCCUCUGAUGCACUUACUUGGUCGGUUGAUGCUACUCAGACACCCAAAGGUAAGCAUAAUAGUACUGGAAAUGUGAGCUCAGAUGUGAGAACAUGGUUAAGUGCUGCACUUGCAAAUCCAGAGACAUGCAUGGAUGGAUUUGAAGGUACCAAUGGCAUUGAGAGUCAAUUAGUGGCCACUGGCCUAAGCCAAAUGAUGUCAUUGCUCAAAGAUCUUCUCACACAAGUUGACCCUAAAUUUGAUAGCUUCGCGCAAAAAGGUCAAUUUCCUUCGUGGGUUAAACGAGAGGAUAGAAAGCUCUUGCAGGUAAAUGGAGUGGGUUCGGAUAUCAUUGUUGCUCUUGAUGGGAGCGGUAAUUUUACAAAUGUGAUGGAUGCGGUGCAUGCGGCUCCUGAUUAUAGCAUGAAACGUUAUGUUAUACACAUAAAAAAAGGUGUUUAUAUUGAAAAUGUUGAAAUCAAGAAGAAGAAAUGGAACCUCAUGAUGGUUGGAGAUGGAAUGGAUGCCACAAUUAUCUCGGGUAAUCGGAGCUUCAUUGACGGGUGGACCACAUUCAGAUCGGCUACCUUUGCUGUUAGUGGCAGAGGAUUCAUCGCACGAGACAUCACUUUUAAGAACACCGCAGGUCCUGAGAAGCACCAAGCAGUGGCACUAAGAUCCGACUCUGACCUCUCUGUAUUCUAUCGAUGUGGAAUUUCCGGUUACCAGGACAGCCUCUAUACUCACACCAUGCGCCAAUUCUAUAGAGAAUGCAAAAUAAGUGGCACUGUGGAUUUCAUCUUUGGAGAUGCCACAACUCUCUUCCAAAAUUGUCAAAUUCUAGUCAAGAAAGGGUUACCAAAUCAAAAGAACACAAUCACAGCACAAGGAAGAAAAGACCCGAAUGAACCGACUGGUUUCUCAAUCCAAUUUUGCAACAUCACUGCAGAUUCUGACCUUCUACCUUCUGUUAAUUCCACCUGGACAUAUCUUGGAAGACCGUGGAAACAAUAUUCGAGAACAAUUUUCAUGCAAUCUCACAUAAGUGAUGUGUUGAGGCCAGAAGGGUGGCUAGAAUGGAAUGGAGAUUUUGCAUUGGAUACAUUGUACUAUGCAGAGUACAUGAAUUAUGGGCCAGGAGCCGGACUAAAUAAGCGAGUUAAAUGGCCGGGGUAUCACAUUAUGAAUGAUUCCAAUCAAGCUAGUAACUUCACGGUGACCCAAUUUAUAGAGGGGAAUCUGUGGUUGCCUACAACAGGUGUAGCAUUCACUGCUGGACUUGGAGUUUAAAAUAUUGCCAAAAAUGUUGCAUGUUCUUUUGGCCAGUGUUGAGUUUAAUUAAUUUGAACUUGCUAUUUAAGAAUACUAUACUUUUGAUCUAAGAAUUUCAUUGUUUCUCAAUUUUGGAAAAACUUUGAUUACUAUAAUGUCAAUGUACAAUUUAAAUCAAGUUUGAAGUAGCGGUAUUUUGUGUAACAUACUUGUCAAUAUGACAAAAAGAUAUUUGUGAUUUUUUAAUUUUGAGUGCUUAAUUCUAUGAGAAAGAUUCUCUUCCCCACACGUCUCUUUUCUUCCUCUUGAAAUAUUAAUUUUAACGGCAACAAAUUUCGAAAAAUACGUUUCAAAGUUUUUAUACAAGAAAAAAAGGCGCUCUUGGUUGCCUGGGUUUGAAAAAAAACGUGGGGAGGAAAAGAGAAUUUUUCAUUUGAUAA